AUUUUUACUUUAAGACACUUUAGUGAUUGUUUAUAUAAAAAUGUGACCAUGACGUAAAAAAAAUACCUGAUCAGUAUUCGGUGAUAAUUAUACAAAAUUUGUAGAUCUGCCAAUACCAAUUGGAAUCCCGAUUAUCCCGAGAGAUAGCGCAAGAGAUUCAGCUACCACAGUUUAUUGAUUUGAACAAAAAGUAUGUAAAACAGAAGCAUCUGAUGGUAUUCGGUAGAUUUCCAGGCUCCGCCCAUGGAUCGACACGUGGGGCAGUUUUUUUUUAGAUGUGAUAUGACUUGGUCAAGUUUCUUGAUCAACAAGUUAAUCGUUAGUGUUAUCAUUAAUGAUUUGAUAAAAAAUUUUUACAACUCUCUUAAAUCAAUGUGCAAUCAAAAAGGCUUAUAGUUGACCUACCACAUAUCAUACCUUGUCUUCCAAUGUAUUAUUGUUGUUUUUUUUUAAAAAUAACAUGUGGAAAACUUGUGACACAUCGCUAUCGAGAAUUACUUUGAAAUUAAAAAUUGUUAGAAUUUCGAGAUAUUCUUAAUACAAAAUUUAAAUUACCUGAAAAAAAUUGUUGAGUGUUAAGAUUAUUAUUAAUUGCUAUCGUAAUGUAAUAAAUUUCAAAUCAGUGUGUUAAAUCUCAUAAGACUUUAUUAAUAAUAAACAAAUAUAAAUUAAAUAAAAUGUCAAUAUGUCGAUUACGAAGCUAAUGUCGUUUAAAGUGACCCAAAUAGUAAUACAAAAAAGUUUAAUAAUUGGUGUGAUAUUUAUCGCUAGCAUUAUUUUACUUGCUAAUUUCAUUGGAAAAGCUAAAAAAAACGAACUUCUUCUUCAAAUGGUAAUGAACGUUAGCCGAAAUAUUGACAAAUUAGAUGCACGAUUGGAUAUGAUUAAUAACAAGACUGAAGUUGCUAAAGAACGAUUCAAAAAACUGGUGCAAAUGCAUCGUGAACAAAUGCUCAAUUAUUUUACCUACAAAAAUUUUAAAACUCAACGAAUAAAACUAAAAGAGCCAAAAAUUUCUUUAAAUAUAACUUCAACCGUAUCUACGCAAUUACUCGUUUCUAAUAAUCAUUAGAUUGGAUAUUUAAAUUAUUAUUUCAUCGUUCUGACAAUCAAUCGGACCAUAAUUAAAUGUGAAAGUAUUUUCAUAAUUAAAAUAUUAUGCUGGAAUUGGAUAAUGAUAAAUACUGAAUGAAGAGUAAUUUGUAUAGAGUAUACUACUUAAACUGAUAGAUGAAUGAUCCAUGAAUAUUAAUCUUCAUAAAUAAAUGAAUAAUUGCAACAAAUUUACGAUUUAAAUAUGCACUAACACUAAUUAAAAGUUAUAAAAUUUACAAACUAACAGCACUAUAAUCAUAUCAUAGUAGCGUUAGAAUAAUGUGUGCCACUUGAAAAUUUACCAUAUUGUUUAAAAUGGGACCAAUUUCUCAAGCAAUAAUACGUGAUAUCAAAACUGUUUUGAAUCAAUGCUGACAGGAAAAUUUGAAAUUUGCAUCAUAAGAUAAAUAAGUAUACUUUCAGUUUCCUUAUAUUAUCUUAUACAUUCAAGAAUCAUUGUUGAUGGCCUAUGUAGCAUCUUAUCUCAAGAGUGUUUCAUAUAUAUUCAUUGGUCAUUUGACUUUUAGUCAAUCAACAGCAGCUGCCAAUUAUACACGUCUUUAAAAUGGCAACGAGUGUCCAAGCUUGUAGACCAGGCUAUAAAAGUCCAAAGAUAGCUAUGUUAGAAGGACCUCGAGAAAAAAUUAUCUACGUUGUUUGUAUCAACACUGAUGAUAACAAACCAGAUGUUUUAGCAACAGUUGAUGUAGAUCCUGUUAGCUCUACUUUUUGCCAGAUUAUACACAAGUUGAAAAUGCCAUAUGCUAAUGAUGAACUUCAUCAUGCAGGAUGGAAUAUUUGUAGUAGUUGUCAUAAUAGUGAUAUAAAGAGGAAUACGUUAGUUUUACCAUGUCUUAUGUCAGAUAGAGUUUAUUUUAUUGAUGUGAGUAAUGAAAAAUCACCAAUCAUCAAAAAGAUUUUAGAGCCUGAAAAAAUGCAUAAAUUCGGCUUGGCUACUCCUCAUACAGCCCACUGUUCUCCAAAGGGUGAAAUUAUAAUAUCGACUAUGGGAACACCUGAUGGUGAUGGACUUGGUGACUUUUUAACCAUUGAUAGUAAAUCUUUAGAAAUUAAAGAUUCUUGGACUGUAGGCAAGAAAAAAGCUAAAUUCGGUUAUGACUUCUGGUACCAACCGUAUCAUGACGUUCUUGUCUCAACAGAAUGGGGUGUUCCGCGAAUUUUUAAAAAGGGAUACGCUCCAAAUCAAAGUUUAAAUCCCGAUAUUUAUGGAAGAAGUCUUAAUUUUUUUUCUUGGAAAAACCAAACUCUAGAACAAAUUAUAAAUCUUGGUAGUGAUGGUAUUGCACCUUUAGAAGUUAGAUUUCUUCAUGAACCUACAGCAAGUGAAGGUUUUGUUGGAUGCGCUGUUUCUUCAAAUAUAUUUAGAUUUUUUAAAACUGAAAAUAAUGAUUGGGCUGCUGAAAAAGUUAUUGAUGUAACUCCGAAAAAAGUUGAAGGAUGGAUUGCUCCACAUAUGUCAAGUAUGAUUACUGACAUUUUAAUCAGUUUAGAUGAUAAGUAUUUAUAUUUUAACAAUUGGUUGCACGGAGAUGUACGACAGUACGAUAUAACGGAUACUAAAAAUCCUCGCUUAGUUGGUCAAGUAUUUCUUGGAGGUUUGAUACUUUCAGACUCUAGUAUUCGUGUAAUUGAAGACAAGGAGUUACCCGCCCAACCUGAGCCUGUUUUUGUGAAAGGACGAAAACUAUAUGGUGCUCCUCAAAUGCUUCAAUUAAGUCUUGAUGGUCGAAGACUUUAUGUUACGACAUCUAUUUUUAAACCUUGGGAUCGACAAUUUUAUCCUGAGCAUGUUAAACAUGGUUCGACGAUGGUCAAACUUGAUGUGGAUGUUGAAAAUGGUGGAAUGAAGUUAGAUCCAAACUUUCUUAUUGAUUUUGGAGCAGAUAAAAAUGAUAUAUUAUUAGCACAUGAAAUGAGGUAA